ACUAAGGAUUCCAAAGAUUGAGUUAGGCGAAAAGAAAAAUAGGAAAAUAGGCGCAUUUCUUAAACCAAAGAAAAAAAUGACACAAUUUGACCUCGAACCCGAUACCUUUAACGAUCGACCCGGCGGGUGCGUGCAACCCGUUUUUCUCAUCGAGUCAGAGUCAAAGUGGGUCGACCCGUGGGUUAACAAUCUUGAUGAGUCGCCUUCUUUUCUAGAGAAAAAAAAAGGCGUAGGUCCCUUUUCAAUCAAUAAAAGAUGGAUAUCAUAAUAAUCACUCCAUUCUCAAGUCUCAACUGUGUAGAGUAGACCCAGAGCAAGGCAGGAGACAGACUCGCAGCGUCGUCAUCAUCAACUUAACCACCCCUCUUUUAUAUCUUCCAGCCUGUGGACCAGAAGCUCACUUCCUUCCUUCCCCACUUCCCACCACCAUUAUAAUUCCCUUCAAUUCUUCCCAAUCUCUUUACCCUCUGCCUCCCUUUGAUGUUCAUUCAACUGGGUUCUUUCUCAAUUAGUUCCUUCUACAGCAAUGCCGGCGUGCUUCAGCUUGACGGAGACCAGGAACUGGUGUUACAGAUCAGCCUUCUCCUCCUCGGGGCUCCGAUCCACCGUCUCGGACCUCCAAGACGGCACCGUAAUCCACUGCUGGGUACCCAAAUCGCCCGACCCGACAAAGCCCAACCUCCUCCUCAUCCACGGCUUCGGCGCCAACGCCCUGUGGCAGUGGGGGGACGUCAUCCGCCACUUCGUCCCUCACUUCAACCUCUACGUUCCCGACCUCGUCUUCUUCGGCGACUCCUUCACGACCCGACCCGACCGGACCGAGGCUUUCCAGGCCCGGUCCCUGAUGCGGGCCCUGCAGCGGCAGCCCAGUCCGGUCCGCAAGCUCAGCGUCGUCGGGCUCAGCUACGGCGGGUUCGUGGGCUACAGCAUGGCGGCCCAGUUCGGGGACGCGGUGGACAGAGUGGUGAUCUGCUGCUCUGGGGUUUGUAUGGAGGAGAAGGAUUUGAAAGAGGAUGGGAUCUUCAGCGUUUCGGAUUUGGAGGAAGCGGCGAAGAUUCUGGUCCCGCAGUGUCCCGAUAAGCUGAGGGAGCUUGUGGGUUAUGCUUUUUUCCGGCCGCCGCCGGUUGGUUUGCUUCCCCCUUGCUUGCUCACCGAUUUCAUCGAGUCGAUGUGUGGGGAAUACACGGAAGAGAAGAAAGAGCUGCUGAAAGCUAUUCCCAAAGGAAGGAAGCUCUCCGACAUUCCCAAGAUUUCUCAGCCGACACUGAUCAUCUGGGGAGAGAAAGAUCAAGUUUUCCCGGUGGAGCUUGCUUACAGGAUGAAGAGGCAUUUGGGGGAGAAUGCAGAGCUUCAGGUGAUCAAGAAUGCAGGGCAUGCUUUCAACGUAGAGAAGCCCAAGGAGUUCGUCAAGCUCUUGAGAACAUUUCUCGUUGAUUCCUACAGCUCCAAGUUGGCUUCUUCAGGAAAAGCCUCGAAUCCCAAUCACAAGCAUACCGAAGAAUGCAAUGGUACUGCGACUGCUUCUCACUGAAUCGUGGAUACCUGCGUUGUCCAUUCACCAACCUCGUCAUUAUUGGCAAUUCUGUUGCUUUCCUGAUAUAGCUCUCAAUCCCCAUUGUUGGUUAGAUUGAAACUUUGAAUCACAGACAACAUCGAAACAUGAUUGCAAGGGGAAACUACAAUCAACUCAGUUUCAAAUUCGAGUUUCUUUGUGUUCUUGGAGAUAAAGAAAAACACGACAUCGAACAGCCUGUGAUGGGAUGAAUCUUUCACCGCAUUAGAUUAAUCGGUCACACCGCUUAUCUACUUGUAUAACUCCUGCAAACAAGGAUUAAUCUUCGCCCAAGGCCUUCCUUCCCCUCCCAACAUGAACCCAGACCUUUCAAAAGAAUUGCAAUGCUCUCCCGGCUAAUUCUGCAAAAUAAAAAAAGCCCAGCAAGGCAUGAUGAGAGUAUGAACAGAGCAAGCAAGAAACCAAAAUGGUGACUUUUAAGAUUUUCAAGGUUAAUGAACGUGUAGCAAAAGCAACCACAUCAAACACUGUCAAGGUUCAGAGCUCAUAGUUUGGUUACCCCUGCUUCUGCUUCUGCUUCAUCACCUUUAGACGGCUCACCUGACAAUUUUGUUACCAAUGUAAGAAAGAUUGUGUCUUGACAAGUUUUGGUCAUCAGCUCAAACAAAAAAGCAGAAACUUUUGGUCAUCCAACAAGGUCUAGAAAUGUCCCUAUAGAUCCCACUGAAAGCAACUAAUGAAGCAUCAACCACAACGUCUCUUCCUUCCCAAACAAAGUUGUUUGAACCAGUUAUGGAGAUAUACUACUGGCCGGUUGUACCGGUCCACAAAAAUACCGUUAGCCAAGCUGGUGUACACUUCAUUGCUGUUUUGUAACAAUUUUUACGGGACUAUGUGAUUGUACCUCUAUAAUACAAUGAAGCAUUUGUCUCACA